GGCUCAGGGCCCAUAUACAUUCCAUCCUCGUGAUUCAUCACCUAGAGAUUUCUACCCGUUCAUCUUCGUCACAACGAACCUGCUCGAGUGCUGAGGACAUCCCUUGAAGACGACCGUUGAAGAUGACUGCUGAAUACAAACUACUCGAGCUCACUCUGGUCGAUGUUCUGGAUAUGAAGGAGAUGUCGAUGCUCAUCUUCGCAGCGGUUUUCGGUCAAAGUCCGCAUAGUCUCUGUUCAGGUGGUCGCAAGCUGGUGCCGCAUCGGAUCUCAUCCUAGUAAAGGGCCACUACCCCAUCGCGUGAGCCUCUCACCUCCGCAUCCAUUACACCAUCAUAUCCUAGCUGCCCAAUGCGCUCGUCUAGGACAGAUUCUUCGUCUCAUUGCUCUGAUACUACUCCCUUUCUUUGGUAGCCCAGUCCGACGUCGAUAUCCCACCCACGGUCACUCUCGCAGAUCAACCGCUCCCGUGAAGACUCUGAGCUUUCCAGCUCGAUAUACGUAUCUUUGUGCGCUACCAUUCGCCCCACGUACGAGCUCUGCUCAACGCUCCAAACCAACGUCAAAACCGAUUUCCACCUGCGUCCGAGGCCUUUGGCCGCCCAUAAAUUUCUCAACCCCGCCAAAGAGAUCAAAACAUACGCACAUCUGCCGACCGCUUCAGCUCCACACGCUUCGUUCUCCUUCCGCCCUCUAUCUAUCAAACUACCUCUUAGUCCCUUGUGGAGAGGGGAGUACGCAGAGCAAGUGGGACAGCAGACGAAAGGCAUAGCCGGAAGGAUGGUCAGAUGAUGAUGAAAAUCUGGGACCGGAAAUGACGAGGGAUCCGAGGCCGUGAUUCGAAGCGAAAGUGGCGUUGGAGGGGGUCGGAAACGAGAGGACAGUGAGACGGAUUGUAGAGGGCCCUGUCUUGGAUGAUGAUGAUGCCAGAGUGGAGCGAGACGAGGAGGUCGAUAGGAAGAACACGGGUGAAGGUCGAACUGAGAGAAUGUGAGCCUGUGGGCGAACGGCUUGAUGUGGCGUCGGUACGUUACAACCUUCGACCGGCCAGAAAAUCAU